AUGGAACCUUCGAAUACUGUCCCCGACGACGACGCAGUAUCAAUCGGUCCUUUGUCCACUGUCUCCGCCAAGUCGUAUCCCACUCAGAUCACUGAGAACACGUCUGUCGAUGCGCGAAGUGAUUCAGACGACGAGUCGAACCUGGGGGAAGACCCGGACUCGGCGCAAGAGAACUAUUAUGAGGCAGCCCUUGGAGAUAACUGCGAUUGGGUUGUCGGUCACGAUGGAACAAGGCGUGACGUUUUCCACGCAGCUAUCGAGAACUUGAUUGCAGCCCCAGGAGCAGGAACACACGCUACAGAAAGGAAGGACGGAAAAGCGCAGGAAUGGCAAGAACCUUUCAUCCUUGCGAUUGAGGGGGAUACGACGGAACCCAAGACACAGUUACACGUCUUCGAGAUCAACACCGAGGCUUUCAAAGAGAAGUACAAGCUGAACUUCUAUCCCAUACUGGUUGUAUACUGGGAUAAGGAGGAACUGAAUGGAUUGCAUUUCAGAUUGAUCAGUGAAGCGAUCUCUCGGCAGCUUUUGCAGUACCCUAAUCCUCAUGUGAUACGCCCGGCAUGGGUCGCUGCCAAUAGUUCUGCCCAGGCUGAAAGAAGCGCCGAGGACAAAGAGGCAAAGGAACCGGAAGAACCGGAGGUCUAG